GCGGCGCGCGCGGAGGGCCGGGCGGGACGGAGGCCGGGAGGCCGGGGCGGAGGGCGCGCAGCGAGGCGGGAGACGGGCGCCGGGAGACGCGGCUGGGGCCCGCGCGGCCGGGGCGCCGUCCCUGGGCAGGGCUGCCCGGCCCCGGCCCCGGGCCACCCGCGCUCCCCAUGAAAAACCAAGUCCGCGGCCCCCCAGCGCGGGCGCACAUGUCGGCCUCGGGGACGGCGGCGGCUGGGGGCACCGGGGCGGGGUCGGAGCCCGGUGCGGGACCCGGCGCGGGCACCGGGACGGGCGCGGCGACGGGUGCGGGGACCAUGCCGUGCAAGAGCGCCGAGUGGCUUCAGGAGGAGCUGGAGGCGCGCGGCGGCGCGUCCCUGCUGCUGCUCGACUGCCGGCCGCACGAGCUCUUCGAGUCGUCGCACAUCGAGACGGCCAUCAACCUGGCCAUCCCCGGCCUCAUGCUGCGCCGCCUGCGCAAGGGCAACCUGCCCAUCCGCUCCAUCAUCCCGAACCACGCGGACAAGGAGCGCUUCGCCACGCGCUGCAAGGCGGCCACCGUGCUGCUCUACGACGAGGCCACGGCCGAGUGGCAGCCGGAGCCCGGCGCGCCUGCCUCGGUGCUCGGCCUGCUCCUGCAGAAGCUGCGCGACGACGGCUGCCAGGCCUACUACCUCCAAGGUGGUUUCAACAAGUUCCAGACAGAGUACUCGGAGCACUGCGAGACCACCGUGGACAGCUCGUCCUCGCCCAGCAGCUCGCCACCCACCUCCGUGCUGGGCCUGGGGGGCCUGCGCAUCAGCUCUGACUGCUCCGACGGGGAGUCGGACCGAGAGCUGCCCAGCAGUGCCACCGAGUCGGACGGCAGUCCUGUGCCGUCCAGCCAACCGGCCUUCCCCGUCCAGAUCCUGCCCUACCUCUACCUCGGCUGCGCCAAGGACUCCACCAACCUGGACGUGCUCGGCAAGUACGGCAUCAAGUACAUCCUCAACGUCACGCCCAACCUGCCCAACGCCUUCGAGCACGGCGGCGAGUUCACCUACAAGCAGAUCCCCAUCUCCGACCACUGGAGCCAGAACCUCUCCCAGUUCUUCCCCGAGGCCAUCAGCUUCAUCGACGAGGCGCGCUCCAAGAAGUGUGGCGUCCUGGUGCACUGCCUGGCGGGCAUCAGCCGCUCGGUGACGGUCACGGUGGCCUACCUGAUGCAGAAGAUGAACCUGUCACUCAACGACGCCUACGACUUUGUCAAGAGGAAAAAGUCCAACAUCUCACCCAACUUCAACUUCAUGGGGCAGCUGCUGGACUUCGAGCGGACGCUGGGGCUGAGCAGCCCGUGCGACCACCACACGCCCAGCGAGCAGCUCUACUUCUCCACGCCCACCAACCACACCCUGUUCCCCCUCAACACCCUGGAGCCCACGUGAGGCCGGCGCGAGGGCAGGGCGCCGAGGAACCCGCGCCGACGGGUGCCGAGCGCUCACCAUCCAGACGGAGCCCAGCAGCGCUCCCCGCGCGGGACUCCGGGGGGCCCUGCCUCAGACUCAGGGCUGCGGAGUCAGACGGGCCUCGUCCUGUCCGUCCUUCCGCAGGCCACUUCCUGCGAAUGGCCCAGCCAGGCGGCGGUUUUUAAAGACACCACGGACCCAGUUUACUUUUUACUUUGCAGGUAACCCUAAGCCCCGGCACCGGAGGCCACGUCUUCUUGACUUUUCUUCUUAACGAAAAGUGUUAUUUUCAGGCCACACGCAGCAGUGGAUUGUAUAACCCAGUAUUUCAUCCCGUUCUUGUCCUGCGAGAGAGAGAAGUGUCCUCAGUUUUGUUUUUCUUUCCAUUUCCAAAUUGCCGUUAUUGGCUUUUUGUUUUCUUUUUUUAAUGGAAAAGACGAACCCCGUGUUGACCUUGACCAAAUGCAUUUUGCACAUGUGUGAAGCCUGUUUCUGCAGCGGGCCCUUCUCCAAGGGGGGACCCCGUCGCACCCACGUCCCCCAACCCGGCCCGCCCCCGUGGCCUGCGCUGGUCUGGUGACAGCGGCCAGUUGCCGUGGGGCUGGGCCAGUGGUCUCUGCAUUCUCUGCCCUCCCUCCCGCCCCUCAGGUCCCGCAGACUAACCGCGACAGGAGCUGUCCUGCCGUUGGGAGGGCGGGGGGGGGAGGGGGGGCACGGGACGCAAGCAGCAGCAUUAGCCCUCGGGGCUCAGCCCCUGGGAGGGCCUGGGCCCGGGCCUCUUCUCUACAAACCCACUACUUCUGUCUCUGUUUGUUGGAACAGUGGAGGCCCAGUGGCUGGGGAAGCUCAGGUGGGGGCGCCCCGCCCUGCCUCCCAGGUGUCUCCCUCCCCCUGGCUGUUGCUUUGGGUCAGCUGCCACUCCCAGCCCCUUGGUCCAGUGAGGCCUGCCCAGCGCCCAUCUUGCCCAUGCCUUCUGCGACCAGGAACCUCGUCCCCAUCCCAUUUCCGUCCCGGGCAGGCGCGGAGGGGCGAGGGUGGGUGGACAGUGAAGGCGCAGGGCUCUGUCCUCCGGCCCACCCCCAGUAUCCACAGAACAAAGCCACGGAUUCCGUUAGCCCCUCCGGUUUUGUUCCUUCUCCAGCCUCAGUUCUACCGGGUGUCGGGACCGCGUGGGGCCAGGGCGGGGAGCGGGCGGCCGGGUCCCUGAGCGGGGCCGGGCCCCGUGGCCCCUCUGCCCCACUGCAUCUUACCUCUCGGGGGUUGUUUUCAGGGAUUCUUCAAGGCAGCGGAUUCAAAUCUUGCCACAGUCGAGAAAUUGACAAAAAGGUUCCAUGCUGUUCAUGGUUCUCUUUCUCUCUCUUUUUUUACUUUUAAAAAGAAAAACCCAGAAAGAUGUGUCAGAUUUGUGUAAAUUGAGAGUAUGCCAAGAAGGGCCAGUUUUGCUUUAUGACCUUAUGAAGGAAAAUUUGUGACCCUACAUAUAUGUACACACACACACACACACACACAUAUCCCGAGCCAACGACGGGACUUUGUUUAUAUUGCAAAUAAAUAUUAUUUUUUCUUUAAAAUGAA